UGAGGUAAGUGCCCGAGGCAUCCUGGGAUGAGUUUUAUAGGCUGUUGCCUCCCUGCUGCAGAGUGUCAGUGGAGUGUGGACUCAUCCCAGCGUGAAGUCCGCACCGGCGCCCUGACCAGCUCCGGCACCAGCAGACCAGAACUCUCGGCAGGACAGGAUGAUGAUUCACUCAGGUCUGGACAACAUGACCAAGCAGAGGAUGCAGCAGGCUCACGCUCUAUCGAAGGAAGCCCGGGGAGGUCUGAAUCUUGGGAAGAAGAUCAGCGUUCCCAAAGACGUAAUGAUGGAGGAGCUCAACCUCACCUCCAAUCGAGGUUCGCGCAUGUUCCAGGAGAGACAGAAGAGAGUGGAGAAGUUCACUCUGGAGAACGCUGCCAACAGUGCGCACAGCACCGCUCAUGUCUACCCAGCGGCUGCUCCUCCGCUGCAGAUCAUCCAAGAACCACAAGGGGAGAAAGAGAACCAGGCCUUCUCCCUCCCUGGCAAGCACAGCCUGGUCGUGAACCUUCAGAAGACUUUAGCAAAGAAGGGCAGUCCGGACGUCCUUGCGCCAGGCUAUUCUGGUCCACUAAAAGUAAUUCCUCAUGAGAAAUUCAACACUACUGUAAUCCCCAAAUCCUACUGUUCUCCAUGGAGGGAAGCUUUGGGAACCAGCGACGAGUUCGCCACGGAGCUGAUGGCUCAGCUGCCGCAGCCGCCGCAGGUGCACAAGCCUGCCAACUUCAGGUGUUUCAACAGGACUCCCGUGCCGUUUGGCGGCGCACAGGUCAGCAAAAGAGUGAUCCCCAUCAUUGGCUAUGAGGCAGUGGAAUCCCAGAAUCUGCCCGGCAUCGCGUUGGAGCGCAUGUGUCGACGGCCCAACUUUAACAGAGCGCCCAGGGGAUGGAGAGUAGAUUACUGCCCGGAAUCGAAUGAACUAUGAAAAGAGAGCUGAGGAGCUUUAGACAGACUCUUCCUCAGUCCAGCACUGCCAAGAUUAUUCUUGAGGGAGGAGUGGGGGAGCACAUGGAAGGGGAAAAAAGCUUGCAAACCAUUGGUAUACAUCAGAUAGAUUUGAUGACCUCAGUGAAGUCAGGAGGGAGCCAGAUGUUGCAACCAUCAGGAAAUAUUGCAUUAUCAGUCAAGGCCUCAUUUAAAGGAAUACACAAGAACUCUUGUAGGUACUUAACUGAGUCAUUUUAAUCACAUGUAAAAAGGGUAUAUCAUGAAAGACAACGUAAACUAAGAAAUGAGCUGGUCUGGAAAUAACGUGAUCAUGACGUCAUUCAUCUAACGCGCCCAGCACUCUGCCAGUUGGAAACUGGAGGUGAGAGAAUAAAGCAUAUUCUGAGUAAGUUGCGUG